CACCCCGGCGGCAGCGGCUUCGCCCCUCAGUGCCGCUGCCGGGACCCAGACGUGAGCGCGGGCUUUUGCCUCUGGGGAUCAAAAAGAGGAGGAGGAGGCGGCAGCAGUAGCAGCGGGGGAACAUGCCGGGCAGCGACACGGCAUUAGCCGUGGAUAGGACGUAUUCGGACCCGGAGCGGCACCGGCGCCGCAAGACGCGGGUAGAAAGACAUGACAUGAAUACCCUGAGUUUACCACUAAGCAUUCGCCGUGGAGGCUCUGACACCAACCUGAACUUUGAUGUACCAGAUGGGGUCAUAGAGUUUCACAAGGUCAAACUCAGUGCAGACAGCUUGAAACAGAAAAUCCUCAAGGUUACGGAACAAAUCAAAGUUGAACAAACAGCUCGAGAUGGAAACGUGGCAGAGUAUUUGAAACUGGUAAACAGUGCAGACAAGCAACAGGCUGGCCGCAUUAAACAAGUCUUUGAGAAGAAGAACCAGAAAUCUGCCCACUCCAUUGCUCAGCUGCAGAAGAAAUUGGAACAGUACCACAAAAAGCUCAAGGAUAUUGAACAAAAUGGAUCUUCCAAAAGUACUAAGGAGACUUCUAAAGAUAACUUGAAAGAUAUUCAUCAUGGAAAGUCCCGUUCCUCUGGGCACGGAGCAGAGAGCAGCAAGUCGAGUGUGCCAGGUGUAUCCUUGACACCUCCUGUCUUUGUUUUCAGCAAGUCGAGAGAGUUUGCAAACCUGAUCCGAAACAAAUUUGGUAGUGCUGACAACAUUGCUCAUCUGAAAAAUUCCUUGGAUGAAUUUCGGCCAGAAACGAGUUCAAGAACGUACGGGGGCAGUGCCACCAUUGUUGCCAAACCAAAAUAUGUCAGUGAUGAUGAAUGCUCAAGUGGGACCUCUGGCUCAGCAGAGAGUAAUGGGAAUACUUCCUUUGGUCCUGCUGUGCCAAGUACCCUGGACAGCCAGGGAAAGCUUUCUGUGAUACUGGAGGAACUAAGGGAAAUCAAAGAGACACAGUCCCAAUUAGCUGAUGAUAUUGAGAAUUUAAAAGCACAAUUUAAAAGAGACUAUGGCUUUAUUUCUCAGAUGUUACAAGAAGAAAGAUAUAGAUACGAAAGAUUGGAAGACCAGUUAAAUGACCUCACUGAUCUUCAUCAGCACGAGACAGCAAACUUGAAACAAGAGCUAGCCAGCAUAGAGGAGAAAGUGGCAUAUCAGGCUUAUGAGCGAUCACGAGAUGUUCAGGAAGCCUUGGAAUCAUGCCAGACCCGGGUUUCAAAGCUGGAGCUCCAUCAGCAGGAGCAGCAAGCACAGCAGUCCGAAACGGUUAAUGCCAAAGUGCUCCUGGGGAAAUGUAUAAAUGUUAUCCUGGCCUUCAUGACUGUCAUUUUAGUGUGUGUUUCCACUAUUGCAAAGUUCAUUGCUCCUAUGAUGAAGAGCCGUUUUCAUAUCAUUUGCACUUUUUUUGCAGUGACACUGCUGGCAAUAUUUUGUAAAAACUGGGAUCAUAUAAUUUGUGCCAUAGAAAGGAUGAUUAUACCAAGAUGAAGUGGCUGGUCUCACUGCUUUCUGUUCCUUUUCUUUUUCUUCCCCUUCCUGUUUUUUAAGUGCUGUAUGUAUACAAAUUAUUUUUUCUCAGUUUUAAAUUUUUUGUCAGUUAAAAUGUGCAGAAUGGAUGGAGAAGGCUACAAAGACUCUUGGACGUUAAAGUGUAAAUACAUACAUGUGUAUUUGUUGGCAGUCAGUUGCCUUUUCAAUUAGAUUGUGUUUAAUUGGUUAUGUCUGUGAUCAACUGCUCGCUCAUGUCAGUCCUCUGCCUUAAUCUUGUGGGUUUUCCACUUUACGAAUCCAGACCCACAAACAUGGUGUGAUGCUUUGGGAGGGAUCCAAGCAACUGCAGUUUUCAGGUGUGCUUUUUCCUAGACUGGAAUGUAGAGAGUGGGAUCAGGAGGGGAGUGCACCAUAAUGUGUAUCAGCCCUGUUAUACUACUACGUUAUUUUUCUAUCUGAAUCCAAUUAGAGUGAUAAGCCAAAUUAUACAGUCAUAUAUUUUAAUUGUUCUUGAAUCUGAAUGAAUGCAUAUUUGUAUAUGGCACUUCCAGUUUUCAGGAUCAGCAAAACAUGAUGCUCCUGCUAGUAACCCUAUGCACAGAUUUUGUUUCUAAAUUAGACCAAUGAUGACUAUUGACCACACUUAGCAUUGUUUUAUCCUGCCACUGUUCCUUAUCACACUCAGGAAGCACAUGAAAAUAGCAUAAGGCUUCCAAAGAUGAAUGGAAUUGAAUUACAAAUCUCCAGAUUUGUUUUGUGAAAGAGAAAUUGGUGGCUAUGUUGCCAUGCAGAUAAAAGCACUCACUUGCUUCAAGCUCUGCCACCUGUGAGGGAAAAGGAGUACACAGAAAGGCAAGAUUUAGGUUAGCCUUUAUUUGUACUGAAUGCAAAGUCAAAAGCUGGUGGAACUCUGGAUACAGUGACUUUCUUGUCAGAUUAAGCAAUGUGGAAGAAACAUGAGGAAACAAAUCAAAAUUUACAGAAGCUAAACUUCCAUAAAUAUACCAACACUGUGCAGGCUCUCUUGUCAAAUAUUCCUGAAUGUAAUGUAUUAGCAUAGGAGACAAGGUUGCCUUUGUUUUCUUACUGGAAUUAUUUUGCUUGUUUUAAGGGCUGCAAAAAAAUUUCCAAAAUCUGCUUGGCUUUCAGCCGUGAUGUAUAGUAAAUAAAAAAAAACAAACUAAACCAAGUCACCCCAACCAGAAUCCUUCUCCACUCUCCAUUAAAUGAGGAAAAAAAAAAAAAAAGACAGCAUCUACCAUUAUUUGAUGUUUGGUGUUGCUUACUUUGAAAAUAAUUGUUGUGACAGAUUUUCUUUUCAGUUGCAGGAUUUGUUAUGAUGGUUUUAUGGGGUGGGAGAAGGUGAGGGUAUUACUCAGUGUGUGUGUUUGGUUUUAGUCAAGUGCAAUAGUUGGUGUAGAAAUUCAGAAAAGCUUGUUCUGAGGAAAUGGAAUAGGGGAGGGGAGGCAGGGGAAGAACUUUGACAUUUUGUCACAAUUUGAUUAACAGUGAACACAGUUAUUUUUGUGGCUUCAGGGACUGAAGGAGGGACAGAAUUAACUGCAUAAAUAAUGCUAUGACUCAGCAUUUAGAAAAUUCAAUUAAAACACUUGUAAAGUAAUUUAAGAAUUCUUUAUGUGUUACGUCUUUGAACAGAGAAAUCAGGAAGGAUUGUUCUGGCUUGCAGGCACAGGAAAUGGAUCAGAUCAGGCACACCCAUGUUAUCCUAACCCAGCCCUGUCCAACCUUCAGGGGAAGGUGGAGUGGAAAGCAAAAGUCCUGCUGAGAGGCAGAUGCCUUUAUAAAGCCCUGACUUACCAGUUGAUUUAUUCUGGCUGUGUCAGGAAGAAUUAUCAUAUAGAUGCAUUCUACUUUUCCUUAAUGGGUUUGUUUGGGGGUUUUUUCCCCUCUUUGCUUUGCCUCUGUAUUCCUGGUAUCCUCUAAAGAUGGAAGGAGGUACUGUGUUAUGUAUAAAACUUCUCUUAGUUGUUGCAUGUGCUUCUGCUGCUUUUCAGUUCAGAGAGACCUUCCUUCUCAUGUCUCUUAACCCAUUUUGGCACUGUGUGCAUGUAUUGCAACAGGCCUUUGCCCCCACCUUCCAAGUACCUGAGCUUAACCUGCAUUUGCAGCCAGCUCAUGAACUGAGGAGAUUACUUCCACCGAUACAGUACAUGAACUCAUCUUCACAGGGAAUCCCUUUCCACAGUGUUAAAAAGAUUAAAAUGAAAAAACUAGCCCUUUUCUGGCUCUAUAUCUCAUGAAAGGGUUUCCCUUGUUUUGAUUUUAGGCCAUUCUGGUGUGUGUCCUGAGAUCCUCGUGUUUUUUCCACUGGUUUAAUACAAUUUAUUCCUAUCUCCAUAUCAUGAAGUCAUAUGGUGGCUUUCUAUAGUGUGUGCUUUCUGUUUCCAUAGCCAAAGAAUGUGCUUUUAUUCAGAGUCCCUUCCUUUCUGAAGUCUUUUCCUGAAUUCCACCACCCUUUUUACUUGUCAGCCCUAUGACUUUUUAUUUCCCUUGUUCCUGUAGAUUACCCACCCUUUACAAAAAGUGCUAAAGGCCUGGUACUAAGCUUCAGAAAGCUGUGACUCUUCAUGGUGUUUUCUUGCUUUCUUAUUUAUAAUCUCCAUUCUUCUAUUCAAUUUGCACAGCCACCUCCUGGUUUGGCCACAUGAGGAAAUUCUUUCUGCCAGGCAUUUUGGUAAACAGGUUCAGAAGGGUACAUGGGCAAGAAAGAAAUACCACACAUUAAUAAUGUUUACAGUAAAAAAACCUCAGUUAUGUGGUUCCAUCUUUGAAGAGAGAAUACUCCUUGCUCUAGUGAGUGUAGUAAAAAAUAAAAUGUCAGGUAGACUCAAAGUCAGGCAGCAAAAAAGUUUGUAAUUUUUCUUAACCCAAAGGUAGUUGGUGUGGUAUGACUUGGGAAUGUGAAGGCUUCUGCUUCAAGGGCAUGCUGUGACAAUCCUGGAAGCUGGCCUUGGUGCAAAAUGAGAGUAGAACACAAAAUCAAUGGGCCUGAAAGAUUGCUCACUAUCUUGAUAAAAUCUGACAGGGUCCAAAUUGGAAACAGAAGGGUCGAGUGUUUCCAUAUUGGCUUUAUAUCUGGCAGAAGACUUAGAAAAAGCUGUAGAAGCUGCAUAAUGUUAUUCAUGCAAAGUAAAACAGUUGUGGUUGGUAAAUGGACACAGCACUUCUCUAGGUAAUUUUCACUUCUGGCUUUAAAUCACUAGAGGAUGUGACACACAUCAAGAAAU